UCCGGGUACGUUCAAGGCAAACUACACAGGAAGUACUGCCUUCACGAGCCAACCGAGUGGUGUCAGCGACGCUGUGCUGUCAUGUACUUUUAAUUAUUGGAAACGAAUGUUAUAUGUGGAUUUCUCCCUCGCUUUUUCAUAUCAACACUUGUGCCAACAUGUAAACAAUUGGCGACUGUCCUCACCGUGACGUGACGCUAAAUGUAACUUUGAAAGUCUCUGCCCUACCUCUCCUGCAGUGUGUCGUCUGGUUACAGGCUCACCAAAACACAAAGAGAUGUGGUGGUUUCAGCAGGGUAUGUGCAUUCUGCCCGUGUCUCUGGUGAUAUGGACAUCUGCCUCUUUUGCAUUCGCUUACAUCACUGCUGUGCUGCUGGACCAUGUAGAUCCCUUGGUACCCUAUAUAAGUGAUACUGGGGCUGAAGCACCGGAGAGAUGUGUGUUUGGGAUCAUGCUCAACAUCUCCGCUUUCCUUGGUAUUGCCACCACAUAUGUUCGCUACAAACAGGUUCAGGCACUGACAGACGCUGGAGAAACCAAACUCCAUCGACUAAACCUGGUGGGAGUCGUUCUCGGCUGGACCAGUUCCCUAGGCAUGUGUGUUGUGGGAAAUUUUCAGAAAACUACCAUCUUCUCAGUCCACGUAGCGGGGGCGAUAAUGACCUUUGGUGUGGGUGCCCUGUACAUCAUGGUGCAGACCGGGGUGUCCUACUACAUGCAGCCGCACGUCCACGCCAAGGCCAUGUUUUGGGCUCGCUUUGGGGUGGGCGCCUGGAGCACAGCCAGUAGCAUUAGCAUGUUUGUGGCCUCCAUGAUCAUGUACAGCAGUUUGCCAGGGGUUGACCUGUCCAAGAAACUGCACUGGAUCCCAGGAGAGACGGGCUACACAGCUCAUCUGAUCAGCACCAUCUCCGAGUGGUCGUUGGCCUUCUCCUUCGUCUGCUUCUUCUUCACCUACAUCAGGGACUUCCAGAAAAUCAACCUGAGGGCAGAGGCAGUGCUUCAAAGCAAUCACCUGUACGAGUCUACACGUUAUGGCGUCAUCGGUCCCCUGAACCCAACAGAAAGCUCACCGCUGCUCGCCGGAAGCAUCUAGAAGAGCGAGAGAGAGACAGAGAGAGAGCACAAGCUGCCUCCGUGGUGGUCAGAUGGACCAGAAAGCUUAUCUAUAUGCUCCACAGUGGAGUGAUCACGUUCAGAAGCUCUGAGGAGAUGGGAUCUGGCCUCGCUGAAAUGAGCUUUGGGUUGUGACUGAAUGACACAGUUUUAUUUUGCUGUAUGAGAUUUGGUCUAACAGGGAUUACUGGACUGUUUUCUGUUAUUAUUGAGCCACUUAAAUUAAUCUCUUUUUUUUACUCUCCUAACUAAGCCAGCCUGGUGUUACAGUCCAAAUGUCUUCGCUUCUGCUUAAGUUUAAUCAUCACUGCCAAAUAACACUCAAAUUAUGUAUCUUGAAUAAUUUCAGAAUGUCAGAGGCAAAUCUAUACGUGUUCAGGUACGAAUUAAGUAAAUCGUACAUCAAAAGUGGGGAACUCGUGCUUUUGCAGUGUUAAAGGGUUUUUUUCUUUUCGACUUAAAAUAAUUUGAAAGUAUGUUACUGCUAUUGCCUGCAGGGGGCAGUGAAGUGUCACUGUAUUCACAGUUGAGGAUACUCCGACUGUUCUCUGUUGAGAGCGAUGACUAGUGUUGCAAUGUUUACAAAGAUCUAGAAUGUGAUGAGUACCAGACAUCUUGAUAACAGCAUUACGCACAACAAGGAAGACCUCUACAGCAGCAUGUUUGAGAAAGAGGUAUAAGAGAAGGUGGUUACUGCGAAAAUCGCCUCUUGUGAUCUCAUCACAGACUGCCAGGGGAGUAUUCCAAACUGGCUCAGUAGUUAUCAUGUUAAGUUAACCUUGAGGUUGUGGAUAAUCAUCUAGUAGAAGAGCCCAGACUCUUCUUCUUACCCCCCAGGUUCGUAAAUUCCUGAGCCCAAAGCAGGGGUGGGGAACCGUUUUCAUUCAAGGGGCCACUUCAAAUUUUAUAAAGUCCUCCAAAGGCUGUGCUAUGAACGCAAACCAGGAUUUCCCCCCUGCAUUUUAGGCCUAGAUACCUUUACAAGAGACUCCACCUUCACUACGUCCCCUGAAAAUACAACUUAAUUGUAUUGCAAAUGUAAUUUCUCAGAUUUCUUUACAACACAUAUUUCAUGUGAAACUGCAUACCAUUAAAAUUAUACAAGGGGCCGAAUAAGACAUAGGUUCCCCACCUCUGGCUUACAGUAACAAACAAGGGCUGUGCUUUUCAGAAAAUCUUCUGACAACUGUAAAACAGAAAUAUUACUUCCCAAGACGGAAGUAGUCUGUAUUGUAAUCUUGAUUAAAAAUCUGUGUCUGUCAAUGGAUGAUGUACUAUGUGGAUUACUGUUCUCACUUUUUGAACAUACUGCAUUUGAUUAUCCCUUCAACAUGAGCGUUAAAGCAGCUGAUAUGAAGAAGACAACUGGAACUUACAGUUGUACUCAUUUUUUGUAGCUGCCAGAUAAAUAUUUUCCCAAGUGUGGAUGCAGAGGCAUACACAAUGGUACCAUUGCUUGUGAAUUAUGAAAAAGAGUGUAUAUAGUGACAGGCACGUAUUUCAGGGGUUUAACACUUUGUAACUGCACACUGAUCAGUCAGACAACACUUUUAAUGUAAUAAAAUAGUUUUUUUGUUGUUGUUGCUUCUUUACAUCGGCUCCUCCACGGUCAGCUGCUGAUUUCGAGUGUAACCCUUGAUCAUGUAUUCUGUCAGGUCAACAAUGUUAACAUUUCAGUUACUCUUGCCAGACUGUAUGUGGACAACAAUAAAAGACACAAAUGAAUUGCA